AUGGGCGUUGAAACACCGACUGAGAAACACCUUGCCCCCAGCCAUGACUUGCCAAUUUAUGACCACGAGACGGGUGACAUUGCCAGCGCUGGGGAGCUCGAGGAACUCCAUCAUCUGGGAUACGAGCAGGAACUCAAACGCAAUCGAUCCGUUCUCACCUUGCUCUUUCAAUCGCUUGCCAUCGCAGCUAUCCCCUAUGGUGAAGGCAGUGCCUUGCUCAGCGCCAUUUACGGCGGUGGACCGCUCGCAAUCUUCAUCGGAUGGAUCGUCGUGUGCUUUCUGGAUCAAAGCAUUGCCAUGUCUCUAGCGGAGCUGGCUUCACGAUACCCCACAUCUGCAGGUCCCUACUACUGGUCGUUCCAGAUUGCUCGCAGUAACAAAAUCACCAUCUCCUUCAUCAAUGCCUGGAUUUGGCUCAUUGGCAAUUGGACCAUUACACUCUCUGUCAACUUUGGCUUCGCCUCUUUGCUCUCCGCCACCAUCUCCAUGUAUCACCCGGACUGGAGCGCGAAUUCCUGGCAACUCUUGUUAAUCUUCUACGCCGUCUGUCUCGGCAGUCUGAUCAUCUGCACAUUUGCCAACAAAUACCUGCCCCAAGUAGACAUCGCCUGUGCCACCUGGACAGCGCUCACUAUUAUCGUCAUCCUGAUUGCCCUCUCCGUCAAAGCAGAAACAGGCCGUCACUCGGCCGCCUACGCUCUCACCCACUACGACACGUCUUUUGCCGGUUGGGGGAGGUUCACCUUCUUCGUCGGCCUCCUCCCCGCAGCAUAUACUUUCUCUGCCAUCGGCAUGGUCUCCUCCAUGGCCGAAGAAGUUGCCAAACCCGCCACCCACGUACCCCGAGCCAUCUCGCUCGCCGUCCCCGUCGGCUCCAUCGCCGGCUUGUUCUUCAUCAUCCCCAUCACCGUCACGCUGCCCCCACUCGAGGACAUCGUCAACGCCCCCGGCGGUCAAGUCCUGCCCUAUAUCUUCCAUCGAGUUAUGGGCUCUCCCGGCGGUGGUCUUGCCCUCGUCUUUUUCGUGCUCGUCAUCACCCUCUUCUGCAGCAUCAGUAUCACCGUCGCUGCCAGCCGUGCUACCUGGGCUGCCGCCCGCGACGAAGCCAUCCCGCUCGCCAGUCUCUGGGCCCGUGUCCACCCCGGUCUUGGUGUCCCCGUCUGGUCUCUCAUCCUCAUCACCAUCAUCCAGAUGCUCCUGGGUCUGAUCAACCUCGGCUCCACCAGUGCGUUCACGGCAUUUGUCUCUGUAGGCGUGAUUGCCUUGGCGGCGGCGUAUGCUGUGCCCAUUGCGUUGAGUCUUUGGCAUGGGCGGGAGGAAGUGUCUAAGGCGCCAUGGAAUUGUGGACGGACCGUGGGCACGGCCGUGAAUGUAUUGGCGUUGGCAUGGAUUGCGUUUGAGUUGGUCUUGUUCAGCAUGCCCAUGGCGUUGCCGGUGACGGCGGCGUCGAUGAAUUAUGCUUCCGUCGUGUUUGUCGGGUUCAUGGCCAUCUCAGCGGCUUGGUAUGGGGUGUAUGCGAGGAAACAUUACAAAGGUCCGCCUGAGACGGACGCUUUGUGA